AUGGGUAAAAAGAAGAACAAAAACAAAGUGAGCGGGGCUGUAAAAACUGCCGCUAAAACAGAGAAAAAGCUUGCAAAUAAGCUCAAAAAAGAACUUGCAAAUUUGGGCGAGGAGGACAUAGCUAAAGUUGUAGCACAAAUAGAGCGUGAGGAGGCAAAACGGGCAGCAGCCGUUGAAAAAGCAUUGCCAGGACCACCAUCAGCCAGAGCAUACGCAACUCUCACACCGCAUCCCAUUAAUAAUGAGCUAAUUUUAUUUGGAGGAGAAUAUCAUAACGGUCAAAAGACCGAGGUGUAUAAUGAGCUGUUAUUCUACAACCCAGUAAACAACACUUGGAAACUGGUGAAGGCACCAGGUGCACCACCACCACGGAGUGGCCACCAAACAGUUGCAACCCCGGCCAACAAAGGUGAGCUUUGGGUGUUUGGUGGGGAAUUUACAAGUCGAUCAGAAACACAGUUCUAUCAUUACAAAGAUCUAUGGUGUUUCUCCCUCGCAGAAAAGAAAUGGGAAAAGGUGGUGGCUCCGAACGGGCCUUCGCCCCGCUCCGGCCACCGGAUGGCGCUGCUGGGGCGGAGGCUGGUGGUCUUCGGCGGCUACGCGGACGACGGGCGCGAGUGCCGCUACUUCGACGACCUGCACGCGUUCUGCCUGGACUCCAGGAGCUGGCAGCGGGUCAGCGCCGGCGGCCGCGGCCCCAGCGCCAGGUCCGCCUGCGUCAUGCUCCCCGCCGGGAACGACUCCCUCAUAGUGUACGGCGGCUUCUCGCGUGUGCGCGAGGGGCGUACAGAGCGCACGCACACACACACGGACAUGUUCCGGCUGGCCCACAAGGGCGGCGCGUGGACGUGGCGCCCGCUCGCCGGCGGCGGGCGGCCGGCGCGCGCUGGCCUCGCGGCGGCGGCCAACACGCAGGCGAAUAGGGCCUAUGUGUUCGGCGGAAUAAGCGACGUCGAAGAGACAGAGGAGGAGCUCCUCGGCGAAAUGAGCGACGAACUGACCCUCCUCGACCUGGAGACGGGCCGAUGGCACAACGUGACGUUGCGGGCUGAACAGCAAAGCUCGGCUCCAGCUCAGCCCCAGGAGAUAGCUGAGGACCCACCGGCGGAACCAGUGACCGUGAUAGAGGACGGCGUGUUUACUGUGACGCUGGGAGGGGCGCCGGCGGGGCAGGGGGUGGGCAGGGCGGUGGAGGGGCACGGGAGGGAGGGGCCGACGCGCAAGGGGGGGCCCGCGGCGAGAAUGUCCGCCAUGAUGGCCGCCCACCGCUCCACCCUCUUCGUCUACGGCGGCGUGUUAGAAAGGGACGACAAGCAGUUCUACCUCAGCGACAUGUAUAGCUUAGACUUGCACAAAUUGAACGACUGGAAGACGCUAAUAGAGCAGCCCCCGUUGCCCGACUGGUUGGGCUCCGACUCGGAAGAGUACUCAGGUUCCGACGGGUCCAGCGAGGAGUCAAGCGACAGCGACCAGUCCGAAGACGAG